GGUGUGAAUACAAAUGUAAACCCGUGAAACUCAACAGAGAGUUGAGUAGCACUAUUUGCUUUUACGCUCUCAUUGCUUGUUAUAUAUGAGUUGAGUUCACUGUUGUGUUCAUCUGCAACCAACUGGGGAAUAUACACACUGAUUUCUCCAAUGGAUACCUUGCAUCUCAUCAAUCCCCUCAAAUUUUCUCACCGUUUUCUCAUUUUUUUUUUGGCAUCUACGUAUCUACCCACUGCUAUGAUCUGCUUGGGUGAUAUCGGAGUUCCGAGCACUACUACUGUGAAAUCAUUAUGCAUUGAGGAAGAAAGGCGAGCACUUGUCAACUUUAAACAACAUCUUGUUGAUCCUUCUGGUAGGCUUUCUUCUUGGGUGGGGCGUGAGUGCUGUCGAUGGGAAGGAAUUUCUUGCGACAACGGCACUGGUCGUGUUGUCAGGAUGAACCUCCGCAAUCCAUAUCCAAGUUCAAAUUCUUCGUCUUAUGAAAAGUCUUGCUUGGGAGCAUGCUUAACUUGAGAAUCUUGUCUCUAAGAAGCAAUCAAUUUUCUGGAGAAUUCCCUCAUGCAUGGAGCGUGGGGAGCAAUAUGGUGUUUUUAGAUGUUGGUCAAAACAAUCUCUCUGGUAAUAUUCCCACUUCAUUGGGGGUAUUAAGUUCACUGGCAGUAUUAAAGCUCAACAACAACAAUUUUGGAGGUGAAGUUCCUGAUUCCUUACAAAAUUGUUCUAGUUUGGCGAGCAUUGAUCUUGGAAACAACAGGUUAUAUGGGGAAAUACCACUAUGGAUAGAAGGAUCCAGUGUAUCCAUGUUGUAUAUGCUACGAUUACGAUCCAACUAUUUUAGUGGACAUAUCUCCCAACAACUGUGCAAUCUUCAACACCUUCACAUCCUCGACCUUAGUCGCAACAACUUUUCUGGUACUAUUCCCAAGUGUUUGAAUAAUUUGACUUCGCUGGUGAAAGAUUCAAAAAGGGUCAAAUAUUCAAAUAGUGUCCUUGCUUAUUAUGAUGAGCAAGCCACAUUGACACUAAAAGGAGAAGAACUUGUGUACAACACGACUCUAGAUCUUGUAAAUAGCAUUGAUCUUUCAUCAAAUAAUUUACAAGGUGAAAUUCCUGAAGAAAUAAGCAGCCUCAUUCUAUUGGGCACCUUGAAUUUGUCCAUGAAUCAAUUGUUUGGAAGGAUCCCCUCCAAUAUCGGAAACUUGCGUUGGCUCGAAACUCUUGAUCUCUCACACAACCACCUCACGGGACAAAUUCCUCAAAGCUUGUCAUCUUUAACCUCUUUGUCCCACUUGAACUUGUCUUAUAACAACUUGUCUGGAAGAAUUCCUUCUGGAAACCAGCUUCAAACGCUCAAUGAUUCGUCGAUUUAUAUGGACAAUCCAUCACUGUGUGGAGUUCCUCUUUCAACUAAGUGCCCUGGAGACAAAACUUUUACUACUGAGGGUGCAAAUGACAGGAAUGAAGAUAGAGACAAUGAUAAGUUGUGGUUUUAUGUCAGCGUGGUACUUGGAUUCAUCGUAGGUUUUUGGGGAGUUUGUGGCACAUUGAUCCUAAAGACAUCGUGAAGGUAUGCCUAUUUUCCGUUCUUUGACAACAUCAAUGAUAAGGUAGCACUAGCAAUUGCAUUGAUAGUGGCUCGUUUCAAAAGGAUUUUUCUUGAGUUUGUUAGUACUCUAUAUAUGUGAUGUUUUUUCGUAUCUACUUUGUGUUUUCGGUACUUGCAACUUAUGUAAGAAAUAAAGGAAUUCUAUCUUUCAAUAGAUGUUUCCACAAGCAACUUAUGUAUUCUGAUUUUCUCAGGUGUAAAAACCUGGAAUUAAUAAAAGCUAGUGUUUCUAAUUUCUA